AUGGCAUCGUCUGGUAGUGGAGUAUCCAACGCGAGCGACCCGAUGGCCUUCACCUCUGCUGACGAGAUGGCCACCGACUCGGGAGUUUACACCUCAGACACCACGAGCACCGAUGAAGACGAUUUUCAGCCUUUUGCCCUACCGAUCUUUGGAGACGACGCACCCCUAGCUGAUGGCCCACCAGGAGUGGACCCACCCCUUGUUCCAAUCCCUGCCCCUCUCCCCUUCGCUGCAGUUCCCUUUGAGGAACAACCUCUCGACGCGUUACCCGAUGGUGACAUCGACCUACUCAUCGAGGGUCCCCCGGAGGGAGACCAGGAUGGUGGGGCCCCGGUAGAGGACGGUGUUCCGCUUGUUGUUGAACUUCCUGAUAUGGAGGUUCAUUCUGAUUCGUCUACCUCUGGUUCUUUUGAGUCGAUAGCUUCCUUUGUCCCACCGUCGGGAUUCGGUUACAUUCCUCAUGUUGACGGUGAUGAGGAGAUGGAGUUGGAGCAGCCUGCUGAGGCUCCUGUUCUCCCAGAUGAUCAGAUUCCUGUUAUGCCUGCUGAUCAUCAGCCCGCUCCAGUCGUUUCAAAGCCCAUUCUUGCCCUUGACCCUGUUCCUGUCAUUGAUGCGCCCGUUGUUGCACCACCAGCCGUUGAGAUUCCAGAUGUAGCACCCAUACCCGAUCCCAUGGCUAUCUUUGAUGACCUUGCACCGUUUGCUACCCACAUUGACCCGAGAUACGCUAACACCAGCAAUGGGUGGAUUGUGGAGGAUGACUACCCUUCGUAUGUAGUCCCAGUCACUCCCCCUACCGUACCUAUUUCUGCACCCCUUGAUAUUCCGGUAUUUCCUCCACCCACAUCUGAUGCCCAUCGUACCGACCUUCCGAUCACUUUCCUUCAGGACAUUCCUCCGCCCCAACCUGGGGAGGGAUCGUCGAGUCAGCCUUUCGGCCACACUCCAUUUAUGUCAGGGGAUAGUCAGUUCUUACCACAACUCCCUUAUCCUGAUUAUGCUCCACCCGUGUCAUCUACUGCUCCUUUCAUGUCUCAGUUUCCCCAUACCACUUCACAGGUUGCAUUACACCACACACUACACAUCCAACUUCAGCCCUGA